AUAAAUAAAUGUAAUAGUACACAGAAAAACCUUCGAAUUAUUUUUUUAAAAAAAUGUAGCGAUGGUCAUAAUUGCGGUCGUUAGAAAGACAAAUAUUUUCUGAGGUGUUAGGCGGUGUGAAAAUGAGAACCACCACUGCUCGCAGAGCCGGAUAGCGGGUUGCCAUGGUGGUGGCCAAGGGAGGCUGUGAACAUCUCGUAUACCAGGAAUAAUUCAGCUACUUGUACUCUCCCACAGCUUCUGUUUUGCUUUUAUUAUUAGUAAACAGAUAACGCUAGCUUGGAAGCAUCAAUUAUGUGCUUGCUGCUUGGUGCAACCGGCGUAGGAAAAACGCUUCUACUAAAACGGCUGCAGAAACUUUGUCAACGGAAGGUGCCUGCUAACCUUACCGAUUUAGGCGAACCACCCUCUACUUUGCCAACGGUGGGCACCAACCUCACAGAUCUGACGCUGAGAAAGAGGAGCCUGACUAUAAGAGAAUUAGGAGGCUGCAUGGGCCCAAUCUGGCCUAGCUAUUACACAGACUGCACAACUGUUAUUUAUAUGGUGGAUUCUGCCAACAUCACACAGAUUUCUGCCUCCUGUGUCCAACUGUUGAAUGUUCUUGCUGCUGAACCACUUCAGACUGCCUCUGUGCUUGUGCUGUUUAACAAGAGGAUGGAUGACAUCAUUGCCUGUGCCCCUCAGUCCAUCACGACUUUGAAGCUCAGUGCUCGGACUGGCGAGGGCCUUGAGGAGGUGCUCAAAUGGCUGGACUCGUUGCAACCCGCUUGAGCUGAACUUUGCACAAGUCUCAAAAAAGACAAUGAUGCCAUCAUAAAAACAAGAACACCAUUACACGUCAUAGAAACAUCAGGCUUAAGGAAAAUGCUUGGGGGCUGAUGUUUUUCUAAGGUUGCAUCAUGUUCCUGCUCAGCUGUAAUUCUGUUUUCCUCUGACAGAGAAGCAGUGGUCAGCUCUACCUUAUUCAUGAAAGCAUGCUCCCAAGCACUGAUGUAAGGAGGAGGUCACUGAUUUCAGUCUUGCCUUGAGGGCUGUAAGGAUGCUAAGUUCAAGCUGUGGUUGUGUGAUUCACAACCACAUGGUAAAUUCUGUUGAUGCAUGUCUAAGAUGGAUGCUAUUUUAAGAAGUUUUGUCUUUUUUUUUUCUAAACAGAAAGAUUACUGUUGGAUUAAAUUACAUUGUUUUUAUGGACCUGAACAUUAGUCAUUUUUGUUUUUGUCAGCAUUAAAAGUGUGAUCAGUAUUUCAAGAUAGAGUAAGUAAUGCAGCACAUUACCCACAACCAUUAAGGAAACUAAUUCUGCCCAAUGCCAAAAUAAGUGUCAGAUCCAAGUUGCUUUUACAUUCCUAUAUUUGAGAAAUACUUCAUAGGUAACAGUCUCCCAUUUAUACAUUUCAUCAGUGUUGCUUUGAUUCACGCUAAAUUCCAUAGUAAAUUCAUUCCCUUUACUGACGCAUGUUCAUUUAGCAGCUAAUUUCAAUGGCCAUUGGGGGGGGGGGG